UGCCUCACUAGCAACGGCUCUCGGUGCAGCGGGGAUAGGGCGAAGCGGCCUGCGCCCACGGAGCGCACGACAUUGCCCGGAAGGCAAAGCCACCCUUGCCCCCUCAGCCGCCCACUCGGGAUCUCCAGCGGCCUCCGCGCGCGCACGAUGCCCUCGGCCACCAGCCACAGCGGAAGCGGCAGCAAGUCGUCCGGACCGCCACCCCCGUCGGGUUCCUCCGGGAGUGAGGCAGUGGCGGGAGCCGGGGCAGCUGCGCCGGCUUCCCAGCACCCCGCAACCGGCACCGGCGCUGUCCAGACCGAGGCCAUGAAGCAGAUCCUCGGGGUGAUCGACAAGAAACUUCGGAACCUGGAGAAGAAAAAGGGCAAGCUUGAUGACUACCAGGAACGAAUGAACAAAGGGGAAAGGCUUAAUCAAGAUCAGCUGGAUGCCGUAUCUAAGUACCAGGAAGUCACAAAUAACUUGGAGUUUGCAAAAGAAUUACAGAGGAGUUUCAUGGCAUUAAGUCAGGAUAUUCAGAAAACGAUAAAGAAGACAGCGCGUCGGGAGCAGCUUAUGAGAGAAGAAGCAGAACAAAAACGUUUAAAAACUGUACUUGAGCUCCAGUAUGUUUUGGACAAAUUGGGAGAUGAUGAGGUGAGAACGGACCUGAAGCAAGGUUUGAAUGGAGUGCCAAUAUUGUCUGAAGAGGAAUUGUCAUUGUUGGAUGAAUUCUACAAAUUAGCAGACCCUGAACGGGACAUGAGCUUGAGGUUGAGUGAGCAGUAUGAACAUGCUUCCAUUCACCUAUGGGACUUGCUGGAAGGAAAGGAAAAAUCUGUAUGUGGAACAACCUAUAAAGCUCUAAAGGAAAUUGUUGAGCGUGUUUUCCAGUCAAACUACUUUGACAGCACUCACAACCACCAGAAUGGGCUCUGUGAGGAGGAAGAGGCAGCCUCAGCACCUACAGUUGAAGACCAGGUAGCUGAAGCUGAACCUGAGCCAGCAGAAGAAUACACUGAACAAAGUGAAGUUGAAUCAACAGAGUAUGUAAAUAGACAAUUUAUGGCAGAAACACAGUUCAGCAGUGGUGAAAAGGAGCAGGUAGAUGAGUGGACAGUCGAAACAGUUGAGGUGGUAAAUUCACUCCAGCAGCAACCUCAGGCUGCAUCUCCUUCAGUACCAGAGCCCCACUCUUUGACUCCAGUGGCUCAAGCAGAUCCCCUUGUGAGAAGACAGCGAGUCCAGGACCUUAUGGCUCAAAUGCAGGGGCCCUAUAAUUUCAUACAGGAUUCAAUGCUGGAUUUUGAAAACCAGACACUUGAUCCUGCCAUUGUAUCUGCACAGCCUAUGAAUCCAACACAAAACAUGGACAUGCCCCAGCUGGUUUGCCCUCCGGUUCAUUCUGAAUCUAGACUUGCUCAACCUAAUCAAGUUCCUGUACAACCAGAAGCUACACAGGUUCCUUUGGUUUCAUCCACAAGUGAGGGGUAUACAGCAUCUCAACCCUUGUACCAGCCUUCUCAUGCUGCCGAGCAACGACCACAAAAGGAACCAAUUGACCAGAUUCAGGCAACAAUCUCUUUAAAUACAGACCAGACUACAGCAUCAUCAUCCCUUCCGGCUGCUUCUCAGCCUCAGGUGUUCCAGGCUGGGACAAGCAAACCACUACAUAGCAGUGGAAUCAAUGUAAAUGCAGCUCCAUUCCAAUCCAUGCAAACGGUGUUCAAUAUGAAUGCCCCAGUUCCUCCUGUUAAUGAACCAGAAACUUUGAAACAGCAAAAUCAGUACCAGGCCAGUUAUAACCAGAGCUUUUCUAGUCAGCCUCACCAAGUAGAACAAACAGACCUUCAGCAAGAACAGCUUCAAACAGUGGUUGGCACCUACCAUGGUUCCCAGGACCAGCCCCAUCAAGUGACUGGUAACCACCAGCAGCCUCCCCAGCAGAACACUGGAUUUCCACGUAGCAGUCAGCCCUAUUACAACAGUCGUGGUGUGUCUCGUGGUGGUUCCCGUGGUGCUAGAGGCUUGAUGAAUGGAUACAGGGGCCCUGCUAAUGGAUUCAGAGGAGGAUAUGAUGGUUACCGCCCUUCAUUCUCUAACACUCCAAACAGUGGUUAUACACAGUCUCAGUUCAGUGCUCCCCGGGACUACUCUGGCUAUCAGCGGGAUGGAUAUCAGCAGAAUUUCAAGCGAGGCUCUGGGCAGAGUGGACCACGGGGAGCCCCACGAGGUCGUGGAGGGCCCCCAAGACCCAACAGAGGGAUGCCGCAAAUGAACACUCAGCAAGUGAAUUAAUCUGAUUCACAGGAUUAUGUUUAAACGCCAAAAACACACUGGCCAGUGUACCAUAAUAUGUUACCAGAAGAGUUAUUAUCUAUUUGUUCUCCCUUUCAGGAAACUUAUUGUAAAGGGACUGUUUUCAUCCCAUAAAGACAGGACUACAAUUGUCAGCUUUAUAUUACCUGGAUAUGGAAGGAAACUAUUUUUAUUCUGCAUGUUCUGUCCUAAGCGUCAUCUUGAGCCUUGCACAUGAUACUCAGAUUCCUCACCCUUGCUUAGGAGUAAAACAUAAUAUACUUUACUGGGUGAUAUCUCCGUAGUUAUUUGAAGUGGCUUGGAAAAAGCAAGAUUGACUUUUCGGAUAAAAUCUACAAAUCAGCCUUAGAGUUAUUCAGUGGUAAUUGACAAAACUAAAAUAUUUCCCUUCGAGAAGGAGUGGAGUGUGGUUUGGCAGAACAACUGCAUUUCACAGCUUUUCCAGUUAAAUUGGAGCACUGAACAUUUAGAUGCAUACCACAUUAUGCAUGGGCCCUUAAUAUAAAAGGCUGGCUACCAGCUUUGACACAGCACUAUUCAUUCAUCCUCUGGCCAAACGACUGUGGUUAAAAAUACAUGUAAAUUGCUUUUUAACAGCUGAUACUGUAUAAGACAAAGCCAAAAUGCAAAAUUAGGCUUUGAUUGGCACUUUUUGAAAAAUAUGCAACAAAUAUGGGAUGUAAUCUGGAUGGCCGCUUCUGUACUUAAUGUGAAGUAUUUAGAUAUCUUUUUGAACACUUAACAGUUUCUUCGACAAUGACUUUUGUAAGGAUUGGUAUAUAUAUCAUUCCUUAUAAUGUACAUUGUCUGUCACUAAUCCUCGGGUCUUGCUGUAUUGUCACCUAAAUUGGUACAGGUACUGAUGAAAAUAUCUAAUGGAUAAUCAUAACACUCUUGGUCACAUGUUUUUCCUGCAGCCUGAGGGUUUUUAAAAGAAAAAUAUCAAAUGCCUGCUGCUACCACCCUUUUAAAUUGCUAUCUUUUGCAAAGCACCAGUAUGUGUUUUAGAUUGAUUUCUCUACUUUAGGGAAAUGACAGACAGUAGUUUCAGUUCUGAUGGUAUAAGCAAAACAAAUAAAACAUGUUUAUAAAAGUUGUAUCUUGAAACACUGGUGUUCAACAGCUAGCAGCUUAUGUGGUUCACCCCAUGCAUUGUUAGUGUUUCAAAUUUUAUGGUUAUCUCCAGCAGCUAUUUCUGUAGUAGUUGCAUUUAUCUUUUUGUCUAACCCUAAUUGAAUUAUCUUUUUCUCAUGGAGGCAUUUAUAUUCAAAGUGGUGAUUCCUUCACUUAGAUGCAUAGGGAGAGUCACAAGUUCGAUGGAGAUGACAGUUAGUAAUUCAUGUACUGUUGGAAUUUGUGCUAGCAGUUUGAGCACUAGUUCUGUGUGCCUCUGAACUUAAUGCUGCUUGUCAUAUCCCACUUUGACUUCAUGGAGAAUUAAUCCCAUCUAUUCAGCAAAGGCUACUAAUACUAAGUGAAUGGUAUUUUCUGUGCAGAAACUGAAUUUUGUUUUAUUAGCCUUUAGCUAUGGAAUUUUUCCAGUAGGUGCUCAGUACUAAAGAAAAACAAAAAAUAAGACACAAAACUAUUCUCAAACAUUCAUUAUUAGACAACUGGAGUUUUUGCUGGUUUUGUAACCUACUAAAAUGCAUAGGUUGUUGAACAUUCCACAUUCAAAAGUUUUUUGUAGGGUGGUGGGGAAGGGGGGGUAUCUUCAAUGUUUAUUUUAAAAUAAAAUAAGUUCUUGACUUUUC